UCCGUUUGGGGCCUUCGCUGACGCGUCAAAAACUAUGCACAGCUUCGAUGUCUCUUUAUCUUCUCUUAUUACAGCACAAUGAGCUAGAUAUACUGCAUUAUCUUCAUCUUCUGGGUCUACCUUCUUCAUGUGGCCCAGCUGUAAGUAUUCGUGUAUUACCUUAGUGUAUUCAGCUUUCAGAUUCUCGUUCCUUGCGAACUUUCUUUCCAGCUGAUGUAGCCUCACUACUGCCUGAUGCUUUGUAUCUCCACACGAUUUUACAGUGUCUUCAAAGUUUGUCUUUAAAGGAAGUUGUACUACGUACCUCCCUGUGUCGUCUCUCCUUGUUGUUUGUUGAUAUAUUUCCUCGCACCGUUCUUCCUCCUUUGUCCACAUGCUCUGCUUCGUGUAUAGUUCAGAUUCAACCUCCCAAAACUUCUUCAGGAGAAUAUUAUCCUCUUCAAUUUGUCCAGUAACAUGUAGACUUGUAAUGUGCUGUGAAACAGUAAAUGAUGUAUUAUUAUUACCCCCUGACAAAAUCCAGCCCAGCAAAUCGACCGCCCUUGCAGUCGCGAAGGACUCCUCCGAGCCCUGGUCGACGAGAGCCCGCAGCACGUGUGACUGCCCCGACUCCGCUGUGACGUGCACCAAUGCUGUCGUCAGCAAGGUGCCUAGACCAGGUUGUAGACCUCGUGAUGCGCUCGACGACGUGUGCGCAACAACGACGGUUUGUAUCUUCUCUUUGUUGUUGUUAUUUGUUUCUCCAGACGUAUGUGACUCUUCACUUGCUUGUUUCUCUCGGUGCAAUAACGAAUGAUGUUUUCUUUUACAAAUCUGGCAAGUUGUCUUCUGUUUACACUUGAAUACAUUGUGAUUCGGUAUCAAACAAUUAAAACAGAGAUUAUUCUUCUGUACAAAACUGUAUCUAUCUUCAAUCGAUUGCUUAGAAAACUGUUUGCAUUGAUAUAUAUAAUGAUCUUCAUUGCAGAAUGUGCACUUCACUUCGCUCGUUGCAGUUACAUGAAACAUCUUUGUUUUCACAGGUUUGUAUACUUUACUUGCAGGUUCAACCAUCUCCAGGGUACGAAAUCUGUUUUCCAGGAACGAUUUUAAUUUAUCAAAACUAGGUAAGUCGUCAGACUCAUCUCUGCUAAUUAACUCUUCCCAUUCCUUGUGAGUGCUCGAGUCCAGUUUUGAUACUAUAGAAUAGUUAACGAU